AAGUCUUUUGUUUUCCUUCAGUCCUCCAGCAAGAAGAAACCAGCCAAGAUGACUCACUGGUCCAGUUAUCUGUUGGGAUGGGCGACCUUCCUCCUUUACUUCUAUGAGACAAGUGGAGAACUGAAAGAGAACUGUGUCUUUCCUUUUACCUAUAAGGGGUCUGUUUACUUCACUUGCAUCAAAACCAACAGCUUCCUCCCUUGGUGUUCAACCAGAGCAUUUUAUGAUGGCAGGUGGAAGUACUGUAUGAUGGAAGAUUACCCACGAUGUGUCUUCCCCUUCAUCUUUCGUGGAAAGACCCAUAGCACCUGCAUCUCAGAAGGCAGCUUAGUAGGAAAGUUGUGGUGCUCAGUCACAUCCAGCUUUGAUGAGAUGCAUCAGUGGAAGUAUUGUGAGAUGAAUGAGUAUGGGGGAAAUUCCUUCAGCAAGCCCUGCAUCUUCCCCACCAAGUACAGGAACAGUGUGAUCUCAGAAUGCAUUGAAAAUGAAAGCAACAAGUUCUGGUGUCCAACCACAGACAACAUGGAUAAAGACGGAAAGUGGAGCUUCUGUGCAGACACCCGAAUUUCCUCAUCAGCUCCUGGCUUUCCCUGCCAUUUCCCAUUCAACUAUAAAAACAAGAAUUAUUUUAACUGCACCAGCAAAGGAUCACAAAAUAACCUCACGUGGUGUGCAACUUCUUACAACUAUGACCAGGAUCAUACCUGGGUAUACUGCUGAUGCUCAGGGAGAAGUAAAACACCUUCAGAGGAAGACAACCACAUUGAAACUGGAACCUGGUCUAUCUUUUUCACUGCACCUUUCAAACUUAGAAAAAAUGCUUUAUUGAAGAACAGAGGGAAAAUGUGACAUAACCACUAAUAAAGGAAUCCUAACUCAA